AUGUCGUUCGCAAAUGAGGUCAAAGACUCCACCAAAGCCAUCAAGGAUUUCGCACACAUGCAGCUUAGGUCGCAGUUUCCGUAUAUGAAGACCGAGGGCAUUGAGGAGUUGUUAACGAAGACCACGAAACAGCUCAUAUCGGGGCUUGAACAAAAGGAGCAGGAAAUGCGUGCAGUUCAGUCCCGCACAAGCUUUUUCUCGCUGUCUGCAGAGCUGCGCAAUACAAUUUACGAGAUAGCUUUGAAGGUCGAGGAUGGCAUCGAUGUCUCCCGAAAGAUCGUCAUCCGUCAGCAUACGGGACUGCUCUUCGUGAGUCGACAAGUUUACGAGGAAGCAAUCUCAAUCUGGUACGCCGUCAACAUUUUCAAGUUCGAUAUUGGUGAUCCGUAUUACUGGCCGCAUUCGCAGAUGGAACCCGAAGACAGGAGCCCUGCACCACAAGAUGUCAGCAAGUGGCUCAGGAGCAUCGGAACCAAUGCAGCUUGGAUCACGUCCAUCUCACUCGAAGUGGACCUUCCCGACCAGAAUCCAGCUAAGAACCUCUGGGACCUACUGACCUUCUCUGAUCUUGAGUUUACCGGCCUGACUCUGCAUCACGCAGUGCUCAAGUCCGCGGACUUACUUGAUGGAGAUAUGGACCCCAAGGUUUUCACAAUGGCGUACCGAGGCGAAUCAAUGUAUGAUUCAGCCCAGGACUUGUACCAGGCUGCAGACGUAGACGGCAAUGAGCUGCUCACAGAUGAGCUUUGGAGCAAAAUUCUAAGGAACAAGAAUUACUACUAA